UCAUUGGAAGUGAGAGACAAGGACGUUAGGACCCAGAGGCUGCUGAGCAGGAGAGGCAGGCUUCCGAUCUGACAUCUUCUCUGCUUCUGCAGCCUCCCUCUGCCGAUCUCCUUCCAUGGUGGCUGACCAUCGCCCACCCAGCCCAGGUGCCAGACCUCCAGAGGAGCAGACCCGCCACCCUGAUGGCCUCUCCCAGGACAAUCACCAUUGUGGCCCUCUCGGUAGCCCUGGGGCUCUUCUUUGUCUUCAUGGGGACCAUCAAACUGACCCCCAGGCUCAGCAAAGAUGCUUACAAUGAAAUGAAACGAGCCUACAAGAGCUACGUCCGUGCACUGCCCAUGCUUAAGAAGAUGGGGGUCAGCUCCAUCAUGCUCCGCAAGAGCAUCGGCACCCUGGAGGUGGCCAGUGGCAUCGUCAUGACGCUGGUUCCUGGGCGCCCCAAGGACGUGGCCAACUUUGUGCUGCUGCUGCUUGUCCUCGCUGUGCUCUUCUUCCACCAGCUGGUGGGUGACCCCCUGAAGCGCUACGCCCAUGCCCUGGUCUUUGGGAUCCUGCUGACCUGUCGCCUUCUGAUCGCCCGUCAGCCGGAGGAACCACUGCCAGAGAAGAGGACCCUGUCGGUGAAUGGCGAAGAGCAGCCUCUUCUUGCAGAGGCGGCUCCUGAGAAGGGCAAAAUCAAGGUGUCCUAGUGGGGGGCCUAAGAGGGACAUGGACCCUCCCAGCAGCUGUCUAUCUUUCCCAAACACCUAAAAAAAGAUGGGCUUUUCUUUUCUUUUCUUGGUUUUGUAAAGAGUUGCAAUUUGGAGCAUGAGGGGUACAAUUUAGUUUGCAGGCUAACUGAGAACUUGGGUUCUGCACUGACCCUCUAGAGCUGCUCUCUCCUGUACUCCCUACACAUGUAGACAUGGUUUAAUUUUCGGAAUCCAGAAAAUAAGUGUUUCUUGUGUUGAGUGUGUGUGCGUGUGUGAGUGUGAGACAGAUGGCUGAAUUGCUUAAGCUGUGCUGCCUCUGCAUCAGCUUAUAUUCUUCAGGGGCAACAAGGAGCACCGGAGCCUGAAUCCUGUGGGUUGCUCACUUCUCUGAUCCUCCUCCCUUUUUGCCAAGCAUCUAGUGCUGGAGGGACAAACUUUGCCCCCAGGAAUGAACUUUCUGUCCUGCUUCACAAUGAGCCAAGCAGUGUGUCCCCUCCAACUCUCCCAGCAGAGAUUUUCCCCCCAAAUUGCUGUAUGCCCCACAAUAAACCCUGUUGAUUACCCAAACAUCUGUCUGUGCUGCUGCCAAAAAUAUCAGAGACCGCUCAUUGCCUGCCUACAAAUAAGCGUGUUUUUCCAUCAUGCAGUUGCUCAGACUUGAAAGAGCAACUGGCUACUGUGGCCAGGUGGGUUGAGGGCUUGAAGCAAAGGACAAACCUCCUUUUCCUGCUGCACUUGUCAUUUUGAUGAGCUCAAACAGAAUGAAGUCCAUGUUCAGAAGCAGCUUCAGGUCUGUUAGUGCCGCACUUGGAAGGGGGACAGAAGCAGAGGGGGAAUUGCUCUCUGAGGAGGGGGGGGGAUGUGUUUAUUUUUCUUUCUUUUUCAAUGUGUUGCCUUCCUUGGUAUUGUCUGGUCAACCUCCCUUCCCUCCCUUUUUUAAUUUAUGACAAUAAACUUUUUGAAAUUUGGAGGAAAA